GUUAAAGAAAUCCAACAGUUCAAGGGACAGCUGCUGUCCGAGGUCGAAACAUACAGCAGUCGUGCGGAACGCAAGGCAGCUAAACGCGAAUUACAAGCGGAUAGGGAGUCGACAGUGCCUUCGUGGUCGGCGAAACACAAUUCCUUUCACCCGAUUCACUCAACCGACAUCUCGAGUGGUUCCAGUGUUGGCAAACGACUGACCAUUUUUCGAGAGAAUCAAGAUGUUCAGUUGCUCGAUCGGUUGAAUCGAGUUAACGAGCAUUUCGGUCGAAGACUGUUGGGUUUGCGUGAAGAGGAGUUGUCGGAGAAGCAAGCGAUUCGGAUGAAUUUUGAGCAAGAGAAAUGGAAAAUGGAUCAGCGCCACAUGCGCAUGCGACACCAGCUGGCCCGGAAUCGACUCAAAGAUUUCUUCUCCAUCAAACGUCAGAAGUUGUCCGGUCUGCUCGAUCUUGAAUUAAAUGAACUGCGUCAGACGGUCGAACGGGAAAGCGAGCAACUGUCCACGGUGCAUGCAAUCGAACGGAAAAACCAUUCCAAAAGUGUCAAAAUACAGUGCAAGAAAAAGAUUGCAGACUAUCAACGACAACUCCGCGGUGAACAAACUGUGUUAUCGCCACAGUUUCGGGAACGGUUGCGCGAGUUCCAGGAUGCAGUUCAGACACAGAUGCUGGAAGAAGGCUUCCAAUUGGAACAGCGACAACGUAGUCAACAGAGUCUUCUUCAACGCAGCAUUGCAUCUCGAAUGCGUGAGUUAGAUCAAAACCAUGUGCGUAAACGGAACGAGUUGUUGGAAUUGGAGGCAGAACGUUUGCAUGAGUUGGACGAGAAGCACGAACACGAGUUGCAUGCGUACAUUGAUUCGUGGCCCCGCAGCCAAGCGAUUGGCACCUCGACUACCUAUGAUUAG